AUGCCCCGCACCAACGCAGUGGCCAAGGCCUGGUUCCGUUCCGCGCCUGUUGGAAGGCUCGACACCCGCGCCCCCUCGCCGCUCUCUAUCUCGACGACUAGUAGCGUGUAUCCCUCUUCCUCACGCAGUUGUUCGCCGGCAUCACGCCCCGUGUCGCGGUCGGGCACUCGUCCGAAUACGCGUCCGAACACCCGUCCUUCCUCGCCAGCUUACGCCUCCACACCGUGCACCCCCGGCCAGACUCCCGCCGAUCACUACAAGGCCUACCCCGCCGAUCAGAAACACUACUACGCCGAACCCGAGUCCUACAGACACGAUCACUGCGACCCAUCCCCCGUGACGCCGACAGUGCGCUCCUUCAUCAGCCGCGAACGCACCCGGAUCCAGUCCUCGCUGCUCGCGCUCCGCGAGCUGUGGACCGUGCAUUCCGAAGGUGCCUCGAAGCGGGCCGGGAACAGACGCACCGUAACGCACGAAUAUGUCGAACUCUCGCUCGACGUCAUCGACCGCUGGGACGAGGGGCUCGGGUGGCUCGUCGAAGCACUCGUGCAGGCGGAGGAGGAUUGGUACUUUGCCCAAGACCUGGUCCCUGGGUAUGGGCUUGAGGAAACCGUGGUUGGACAUGGAGGGAAGCCGGGCAGGAAGUUGGGAUACAAGGAACUGGCGGCGGAGGCAGUCGACGCAUACCUCGAGCUGCGGUUUGAGACGGCGGAACAGCUCGAUGAGCUCGAGGCGACUUGGAGGAGUAUGAUGAGGUUGGUUUGA